UCCCUCGGACACAGCAGAUUUCCGAUCCAUGGAAAGAACCGAAAAUGUUGGCUCGGUCAUGUGAUCAGCUGUGGCCAAUCACAGCUGAUCACAUGGGACAUGUACACAGAUCAUCAGAGCGCUGAUGAUCAGUGUGCCCUGAUGAUCUGUGUAGCCCCAGCAGCGCCACCUGUCAGUGUCCAUCUGUGCCAGUUCUCAGUGCCACAUAUCAGUGCCCAUCUGACCUGCCUUUCAGUGCUGCCAGUCAGUGCCGCCUAUCAGUGCCAUAUAUGAGUGCUGCCUUUCAGUGCCCAUUAGGGAUGCCUGUCAAUGCCCAUCAGUGCCACCUACCAGUGUCCAUCAGUACAGCCUAUCAGUGCCAUCACUGCAGCCUCAUUAGCGCACAUCAGUGA